AGUAGGUUCUUCUUCUGCGUCGUCCGCGAGCCCGCAAAUGCAUUGCGCGACCACUCCGGCCAUCGUCUCAGUCGCACACGUUUUUACAUAACGUCUGCACUCGCGCCCAUCAUCACAUAGCACCGUCGCCACAAGUCGUGCACAUCGUCCAGUCAAGCUCGUCAGGAUCGUCAUCAAUCGAUCGCUGGUCACGUGCCAUAUUAUUGCGUUCUCGUCUACCCGUUCACUUGCCMGCCGCCGACAUGAAGCCGCUAAACGUCGCGGUAUUGUUGUUUUGUCUUAUCGCUUAUGGACACAGCAGACCACAGGAAACCGAUGAAAACGACGAGAUCAUAAGAGAGGCGAAGAGAGACAAUAAACACUUCCAACAUGAUAACGUAAGCGAAUUACCGCUAUACCAAACGGAAUCUUCGACAGCGGAAAACAUGUUGAGCCGAUUGAAGUCGAUUGCACACCUGCGAAUGGCCGAUAUAAAAAAGCCGGUAUUGGAUUCAAUAACCAGAGAAGAGCUGGAGGCGCUUAGGGACCUUUUAGACAAAAACCUUCAAAAGUACCAGAACUACAACGAACACUCGACGAGGAAACGGCCAAGCGACCCGUACAUAGGUCAGAUACUCCAAAACCUGAACGGUGAAUCGCAAACAUCCGGCAGCGAUAUCAACAACAUGCAGCAGCAACACCACCACCACCACAACAACAACAACAACGAUGACAACGGACAACUAUCAGAGUACCAUCAGAUGCCCAUCAGGCGCAAGAUCAUCAGGCACACGGUGUUCGCGACACCAAUGCAGGGUAGCAACGUUGGCGUUCCGAAUCGGAUGUAUAAUAGCGGUGACGCGUCGUCGAGGAUCGAUUGGACGUCGCCUUGGGCUGAUUACUUUCCGAUAUUGAUCAAAGAUCCGCUACAGACGAUGAUGAACUCAUUUUCCGAGAUCAUCGAGUAUGGUCCGGCUGCCGACAUAUGCAGGCACGGGAAUGGCGACGAUACCGCUGUGGCCAGCGAGGACACCAACCGGCUGGACGGUGCAGGGCGAUCGUCCCGGACUACAAGUAGGAUUUUUAGUGGCGGUAAGGUGUCCGCCAUAGUACCGGAAACGCGAAGACGGUCGCGUCGGGACACGGCGGCUCCGCGAUCGGAAGAGGAAAAAGGAGCGUUGCUGAAUCACGUACGACCGUUCAAGCACACGACGACGACCGCCGCCACACCGUCGGAUCCGUCAAAGCGGUUCGGCUGGUCGCCAGACAAGGAGGCCACCGAGCACAACGGCGACACGGGCCCGCAGAUCAAACGGCUAGUGGUGCGUCGCGGGGGCGUGGCUAUCGCUGGCCCGGGCGGCAUAGCCACCGCAGGAUCCGGUGGCACGGCGAUCGUGGGCCCCGGUGGAUCGGCGUACAGCAAUAAGCACACCGCGGCCGGCUCUUCCGCUGACGCCCCCGUGCCGGCCGGUGGAAUCUCGAUGGCCGGCCACGGGCCACAGAUGGUGCAGGCCCCUACCGGCUAUUACGCACCUUACCCGAUGCAAAACAAUGGUUUCGCCAGGAGCUUUGACGCCGGCGCCGGAACAGGUGGCACGGCCUAUCUGUCGACGGACGGCGUCGCGUACACGUUUCCCACGCCGUCCCAGGGACUGACGGUGUCCCAACGUCAGCGCAGCGGGGGCGACGGCCGUGAGAUAUCACUUCCGGACGGCGCCAAGCUGAUAGCCACYGGACCGAUAGUGUACUACAACCCCGAACCGUCCGUCCGGAAGAAGUCUCGCAAGAACAAAAAGUCCGGCAAACACGACCAUCACCCGUUUUGACGACACCACCCAGCCACCGUACGUUUAUCCGUUUGUUCCUCUACAACAACACAAGACUGUCGUGAUAUAUUGCACUUGAUGAUAACAAUAUGAUAUUACUAUAGCUCUAUAUAAUURUUGUGCCUCCAUUGAAACUAUACAUAAUACGAUGUAUACAUAUUAUUAUUAUUAUACGUACAUAAGUUUACCAUCGUAUAUUUUAUAAUAAUAUUUGUAGUACCUAACGCUCGUUUAAGUAGUAACCUAUAACAAUUAUUAUUUUCAUAUAUCGUACUUGCCUAUAUAACAUAUUAUACAUUAUGACAUUGUAUUUUAGUAUUUAUACACUAGGUAUAGGUAUAUAUAUGUACAAUAAUUAUAAGUCUCGUGAUAGUUCCAUGACAUUUACUUGUAUAAUACAAAAAUAUUGUAAAAUUUGUCAUCCCCUUCGUAAUUUGUAUGCUCUUACUUUAUMAAUUAAUAAGGUGAAGGCUAUAUUGUAAUACUAUGUAUUCUUAUACGAGUAAGAUAUUACGCAUGCCUAUAACUUUAUUCAUAGUAAAUAAUCAUAAUAUUAUCAUUCGAUAUUUAAUAUACUAUAUUACUAUCAAU